UGAUAGUAGAACUGUAUGAUGAAGAUGGUGAUUUCGUGGCUAGAAGAAGAGAGACACUCAUACGUGAAGAUUUGAUUGACUGAUUUGUAAUUCACAUUUUGCUCGCAUGCAUGCCUACAAUAAUAAGUAUAAAUAAUGGUUGUUUUUAAUGGUUUUUGUUACAGUUAAUGGUUGUUUUCAUUUUUCAAUGUUUUACAUGAUUUUAUUACAAAAUUCCACAGCAUGAUUUACAUUGCAGGCUUUUGCAGCAUGCAUGUGUGGGAGAUGGGGAGUGGCAAUCAAAAUGGCUGGUAUUCUAAGAAAAAAAGAUCUACUUCUUACACCAGUACUACUACGUUCUAGCAUUAUUAGUCGUUCCUAUGGAGCUAGUGCAGGGAAGGAUGGGAGGGUUAGGAUCGGCUGUUCUUCUGGUUUUUUAGGUAACACGUCUGAGUCUGCGUCUCGUAUCAUGGUGGUCUCUGGACUUUCUAUUUGCUGAUUAUGUCCCUACUGGCUGGAGUUAAAAGAAACAAACCAUGCCGUUAGAUGGUAAGGAAUGUCUUGAGGACAUAGCUUAUUUAAGAAGUGGAGAUAAGGGGAAUACCUCAAACAUUGGUGUGGUAGCAAGGGAUCCUCAGUAUUAUUCUUACUUGAAAGAUCUUUUGAUGGAGAAAGUUGUAGCUGAAUGGUUUAAAAAGUGUUUAGAAUCUUUGGAAGAUGAAACUAUUUAUUACUUUGUGACAAGAUAUGAGCUGCCAGGUGUUUGUGGUCUCAAUUUUGUUCUUCGUAAGUCCCUGGGUGGAUGAGGUAUCUCUUCUCUAUGCAGUGACCCUCAGGUUGAAGCCUAUGGUCAAAGACUAGCAGUGUUACCUUUAAAAACAAAUUAAUGUAUCAUUUUAACCUGUUUUUAUCUGUUAUGACAUUGAAUUAUCAUCAUGAGCUUCAUAAUUGCAUUAUUUGUUUCAUGUAUGAGCAUGAAAUGAU